AUGUACCUUGGCCGCCAGCCUGGCUCGGAUGAGGACGUCAAGGUGAAGAACUCGCGCCUCAAGACGCAUGGCAUUGUCCUUGGCAUGACAGGAAGCGGCAAAACCGGCCUUUCGCUGGAGCUCAUCUCAAGCGGCGUGCCCGUCAUCUGCAUAGACCCAAAGGGUGACCUCGGCAACCUCGGACUCGUCUUCAAGGGCCUCGCUGCAGAGGCGUUCGCGCCGUGGGUACCUCCGAAAGAGGACGCGGAGGCACUCGCCGCGCAGUGGCGCAAGGGUACCGCCGGCAGCGGCAUCGACCUCGACCGGAUAGCCCACCUCGCCGACACGAUGUCGUUCGGACUCUACACGCCCGGUAGCGAGACAGGUGUCCCAGUCAACGUGCUCGGCGCGCUGCGCCGCCCGCCCGCAGCAACGCUGGCCGACUCUGAGGCAUGCCGAGGGCUCGUGCAAGACACGGUCAGCGGGUUGAUGGGGCUCAUUGGCAAGAAGGCGGACCCGGUCAAGGACCCGAACCACAUCGUCAUGUCGACCGUGCUCGAGACGGCAUGGACGAACGGCGAGGACCCCGACCUCGAGGCGCUGGUGCUCAAGCUGGUGGACCCGCCCUUCAAGAAGUUCCUGCCCCCGGAUGACCGAAUGGAGCUCGCAAUGAAGUUAAACGGUGUCGUCGCCGCGCCAAGCUUCAAGCCGUGGACCAAGGGUAUCCCACUCGACAUGGACGCGCUGCUCGCGACAUCGCCAGGCAAGACGCCAGUGAGCGUCUUCAACAUCGCCCACCUCAAUGAGGACCAGCGCCACUUUUUCGUUGGGCUUCUCUUCGGCCGCCUGCUCGCCUGGUCGCGCGCGCAGCCUGGCUCUGAUGAUCUGCGCGCGCUCGUCUUUUUUGACGAAGUUGCAGGCUACGUGCCGCCAUACCCGAAAUCCCCGCCAUCCAAAACGCCGCUGCUGACGCUGAUGAAGCAGGCCCGCGCCGUCGGGCUCGGCGUCGUUCUCGCCACACAGAACCCGAUCGACCUCGAUUACAAGGCCCUCUCUAACGCUGGCCUCUGGUGCAUCGGCCGGCUGCAGACCAAGCAGGACCGCGAGCGUGUGCUCAAAGGUAUUGGGCAGCAAAAGCUUGAUGAUACGGUGCGCAAGCUCGAGCCGCGCCAGUUUCUCCUCUACCAGGCAAAGGGCGGCGACCCGGUCGUCUUCAACAGCCGCUACGCGAUGUGCUACCUCAAAGGCCCCUUCACGCGCGUCGAGAUCGCGCAGUUCGUCGAGUGCCCGCUCCACAGGCCUAUCCUUGAGCCAGCCUCCUCUGACACAGCCUCGAGCUCGAGCGGCAGUGGCGCAACUUCCAGCAAGCCCACCGCGCCGAACGACGACACGCUGCCUUCGCCCCCUCCGAGCAAAGUGGACCGCUCGUUCCUCGACCCAAAGGUGGUCUUCAGCGCGCGGCUAGAGGGCGCGUUUGAGGGACGCGCCUUCGAGGACGUGGCGGAGCCGAAGCGCGAAGACGGCGUGAUCGCGGUCGACGAACACCGCAUCUGGUUUCCACUCGGCGACUCUCUGCCGAGCGAGCCGCGCCGGGAGGGAGAUGUGCUACCCAUGCCGCCAUCGGGGACGCGAUACGUCUCGCUGCCGGAGUGGCUCGACGAGACGAAGGAGCUAUCAGCGCUCAAGAAGCAGGCGGCAGACGGCCGCCCGCUUCAACAGCGGAGCGACAGCCUGUUCACGGCGUGA